GAAAAUGUCCGAUUUAAACGGAAAGGAAGGCAAACAAAAAGGAUUAAAACAAGAUGAUUUCCGAAAAUUAUUACAAACGCCUCGACCUGGAGAUAUACCGUCUAAGGGAAUUUUAGGAAUGGCGACUCCUAAACACAGAGUACCUCCACAAACUCCAAAACCGGGUGGAUCAGGAGGUUUUGCCAAACCAGAAGCACCAGCUUCUAAAUCAAAGAAAAAAUAUAAGAGACAUGAGACUUCAGAAGAUAAGUCUUCUGAUAGUAAAUAUCGUGAUCGAGCAGCAGAACGUCGUACGGGAGCUAAUCCAGAUUAUCAAGAGACAGAACAGAUUCUUAAAGCAUUAAAUAAUAGUGAAAUAUUAGAAGCAAAAUUAGUUUAUGAACAAUCGAAGUAUCUUGGUGGUGAUACUGAACAUACACAUUUAGUCAAAGGUCUCGAUUUUGCAUUGCUUAAUAAAGUACGUAAUGAAAUACAAAAAGAUGAUCAAAAUGACGAUGAAUUGGAGCGUACACUAGAAAGAAUUAAAGAGGAAACUCAAGAAGUGCCUAAAAUUACUGGAAAAAUUGCACAAAAUAUUUAUGAAAUGGCUGUAGUAAAUGCAAAGAAAAAACCUCCAAAAAUUAAUGAAUUAUUUGUUGCUGGACGUAUGGCUUACAUAUUUGAACUGGCAGAUGAAUAUGGAUUUUAUGGUGAUCCAUUUGCUAUUCCAACAACAGUUAUAAGAAGUAAGGCAGACAUUGUGGAUAGUACUGGAACUGAUAAAUCUACAAACGAUUUAGUUAUAGAAAAGAUAUCUAGAGUUAUGGCUUAUGUACGGAAAGGAGGUCGUGAUGGAAGCGGAGAGGUUAAAGACAAGAAAUUAAGGAAAAGGAUAAAGGAAAAACAACCCGAAAUAAUUGCUCCUGUGAAAUAUGCGGCUAUUGAUGAAACUGAAGAUAUAUUUGAAGAUGCAGGAAGAGAUUACAAAGCCGUUCCCGACGAACCAGAAGAGGACAAAAGAGAUGAUGAGCCGAUAAUUGAACCUGUUUAUGGUCCUUCACGCCCUCCAACUCAGUCAGUCGAGGUAGAAACUUCAAAGAAUUAUUUUAAAAUGGAUAACGAUGAAGAUACUAUGGAUAUUGAUGAAGAAAAACCGAAAAAUGAAGAUCUAAAGUCUUUAAUAAAUCAAGUAGCAUCUGCUAGUGGAAUCAAACAGACUGAAGAGAAUGUAAAGAGUUCUGAAGUAACCGAUAAUAACAAAUCUUCAACUAAAAGCGAAACAAUUAAAAAGAGAUUAUAUGAAGUUGACAGUUAUGACGGAGAUUAUUCCACUUAUGGACUUGGGUUAAGUAGUUUAGGUGGUGGAGGUACGAGGAAAAAUGCAUAUGAUUCUGGACAUGAAGAUUCAGAUUCCGAAGGAGAAGUGCAUACUAUAAGAGAUCAAGGAGUCGCUAAAAAUAAGAAAGCACAAUUAUCACGGUGGGAUUUUGACACAGAAGAAGAAUGGCUAUCAUACAAGGAUAAUGUUACGGCUAUGCCUAAAUCAGCAUUCCAAUUUGGAGUCAAGAAAACUGAUGGUCGUAAAACGCGUAGAAGUGGUAAAGAAUUAUCAGAGAAACAAAAAUUAGAUAGAGAUUGGCAAAAGAUUAGUAAAAUAAUGGAACAAAAAUAUGGAGAUGGUGAUGAAGGUGAAUCUUCACGAAAAAAGGCAAAACACGAAUAAAUAAUUACCAAGUUUAU